UGUGGUCGAUCCCCGAUGGUGCACUCGAGGAUGCCACUAUGCUGGCAAGCCGCGCAAUCUGAUCCUCAUUUAACAAGUUGUUCACGUCGCGGUCCUGCACCCCCACCCUGAAGCGCACACGCCAGCCGGAAUCGCGAGGAAACUGCUACGACCUACCGCACCAUGUCUGCCCGACACCCACUCCCCGCCUCGUCACCGUUACUGGCGCCGACUUCAAAGCCCAUCUCACUAUCUUUCCCAAACCCUACGGGAAAGCCGGAGCAUGAGGGAAUUAUUGCUGUACUGACGCUAGAUGCACCCGAAAAACUCAAUGCCAUGCGAUAUGAGGACACAGUCAAAUUCGUCGAUGCGCUGCAAUGGAUUGCUAGUCAGGACAAAGUCGUCUUCACCGUCAUCACCGGUAAAGGAAGAUUCUUCUCAGCCGGCGCAGAUGUGAACGACCCUUCGCGCGGCACCCCUUCCUCUGCCGCUCCGCUGGAGCCAGGUACCGCCCCGCACACGCUAGAAGUCAAGAAGCACGUCUUCUCGCGCUUCUCCACCUCCAACCUAGCUUUCGCGUCGGCAUUGCAUUCACACCCCAAGAUCCUCAUCGGCGCGCUCAACGGACCGGCCAUCGGGAUAUUCGCGACGCUUCUGGGGCACUGCGACCUCAUAUACAGUUUCAAGGAGUUUUGGCUAUCUACGCCUUUCAUGGGGCUCGCACUUGUCAGCGAGGGAGCCGCUGCUCUGGCAUUUGCCAAGAAGAUGGGCCUCGGGCGCGCACAAGUCGCGUUGCUCGAAGGCAAGAAGAUGGAGGCGGAGGAUUUGAGGCAAUGUGGAUUCAUUACACACAUCUUCCCCACACCGCCAAACACCGCGGAAGAAUCAAAGAAGCACAAGCACUACACGCCCCCGAUCUUAGACCUCGUCCUCUCACAUCUCUCGCAAAAAUUCCUUCCGCCCAUAUUGGACCCAUGGAGCCUGCUCUACACGAAAGAGCUCAUCCGCGCAGCUAAUUACGACGGAUGGGACCUUGCGCGGACCAACAUGGAGGAGAUCAAAGGUGCCGAACAGGUCUUCAUGAGCGGUCGUCCGCAGAGACAAUUUGAGAGGAUCAGCCAAGGCGGGAGACACAAGCUUUGAACCAAAAGCUUGUUCCAUUUCUCUGUUGGCCAGUCAAUCAGCAAAUAUGUUAUACCUUUUGUGUGGCAUUGUCUAUGAAGUACGAUGAUACAGAUUGUUGCGCUUGGUGUUAACGUUAUGGUUCA